AUGGGCUCAUCCAAGGACAAUGACCAGAUUGUGGAAUUCGAGGACGAAGAUGUUGAGGAAAGCAUGGCUCGAUCAAGGCUUAGCUUGAUUGGGCGACUGUUCAUGGAGAAUAUGCCCAUCCCGCUUCUUCAGAGGAUUGUGAAUAACUUAUGGCGCUGUAAUUCCCCCGUGGUGGUCUUGGAGGCGGACAUGGGGCUAUUGCAAUUCUUGUUUGCUGAUGAGAGUGAUCGGGAAAGGGUGCUGCUGCGGGCUCCAUGGAUUAUCAAGGAUCACAUUUUGAUGCUCCGUGAAUGGGCCCCUGUCACUCCCGAAUUGUACCAAGAACUGGCUUGGGUUCCUUUUUGGAUCCAGAUGUGGGACAUCCCGUCCCAAUGCCGCACAGUGAAGCUGGGGCGUCGGUUGGCAGCAAGACUCGGAGAGGAAGUGGAUACUGGCUUAUUUGGUACCAGGGGUGACCUGGGGUACUUUGUCAAAGCUAGAGUUCGUGUUAACGUAGAGCUGCCUCUCCGUACGAGAUUGACAGCAAGUAAUCCAAGACUAGGCCAGUUCAGGGUUGUACUUCGGUACGAGAGGCUUCCCUUGUUCUGUUUCAACUGCGGCAGAAUCGGUCAUGCGGAGCGGGCAUGUCGCUUCCCUCGGCAUGAAGGGAACGAGGUGUAUGGCCCUGAGCUGUCGACUGAUCCGGUGGGAUUUCGCCUAGAUGAGGCUACUUUGCUGCCAAUACGUUCAGUCUGGAUCAACCCGAACCAGCUGGAUGAAGUGGUGAACGAAGUUGAACAGCUGGAUUUAGCUCCAAUGGAGGUGGAGCGUGUCGUCCCUCAAGAGGUUGCGGCUGAUCGGUUGGUGGAACCAGAUUUGUUGGGCAUUGAGGCCAUACUUAAUAGGAAGAAUUCUUCUGCUGCUGCCCGUAUGCAGGAGUUUGUGACAGCAGGACGAGAAGAGACACACGAAGGGGCUGGUGGACAGAAACAAGGCAGGUCUGGCUCUCAAGCUGUAAUGCUGGGUUCUGGACAGUCAGGUCGGCGUUUCACUGAAUCGGAAAAAGGCAAGGGUAAGAUGAUUGAUGAUGGUAAGAGGACCGCUGAGAUGGUCCGUUCAAGAGCCCGAAACUCAGGGAUAUCCAUUCGCGAACCUGGUGAGCAGCAAACCCAGCAUAAAAAGGCUGCCCCGGCGGCGCGUUCUAGUGGAGCCUCAAAGGGGACACAGGGACGUUCUGGGAAAGAUGGGCAGAAGCGUCCGAAGCCUGGUUUCAAGAUGAGUCUAGGCGAAUUGGAGGAGAUGCUAUUUGACAAAAAGAGAGGCAAUGAAGAGAUGAUGACUGUUUCUGAGAAUAAGCCUCUGCCUCCAAAGAAAUUAUGCUUUGACCCUUCUGUUAUGCAGGAUGUCGGACUCGACAAUGAUGAUUUGUUGGGCGAGGAAGAGAAAGAGGCGGAUCAAGUUCGCCAAGACCCGGACGGAGAUGGAGAUGGUAAUGAGGAUACGGUGGAGGAAGCCAGCCGCGAGUGGCCCCCAGUGAAUAAAUGA